AUGCUUGGAGUGAAGUGUGAGACCUUGGUUGAAAGGGGAAUUCAGUGUGUUCUGGCCAAACCGUCGGAGGGACAAGCGGCGACCAAGGUGGUCUUCGGUGUUGACCCUGGAACUGGCAUCGACGCCAGAUAUGUCGAACAUAUCGCUCGGCAACCGCCCGAGACUCCAAGACUGGAGCUGAGUAUCCGUAUCGGACGACUUGGGUGCAGCCGACUGACCUUUACAAAAGGAGGGUCCCAGAGUCGAAGAUUCCCCCCUGUUGAGGCUGUUAAAGAUGAACAGGACAACCACGAAGAAGCAGAAGAGCUCAUCAAGAUGCCGUUGGUCGUACUGCUCGAAAGAAGUCCGCUCUCGUCGUUUCGCCCUCAGUUGUUCCCGGUCCUGUGCCCGAGCAUCCAAUCUCAGAGCGGACACUCAAGUUCAACGCGUGGCCCAAUCACACUAUAUUGCCAACACUGGACGAAGUGCAUGCAUUGUUUACGCACGUCUACGAGAAACUUCGACCCUCACGGCGGCGCUCCUGCUCGCGUCACAACGCGACUUGUAUCGCUGUAUGUGCACUUCCUGGUUUUAGGAAUGCUAGAAAACGCCCACGACCUCUCUGCGGUACUCCGUUGGUACGCUGCUUUCUUCGAAACCGAUGAUAAUGAUGCUCCUCUGUGGGAUCCGGUGCUGUUUUCCGAUAUCCACGUGGCGGUGAUAAUCCUGUGCGAAGCCUUCGAACACGCUGAGCUGGUAUCUGCUGUCAUGGGCCCUGGCCCAGGGCAAACGUCGUUGCCGUCACACAGCUCAAAAGCUGAGGUUGAAAGGAUCUUCGGCCUCGCCAGGGGCAUCAACGUCGACAGUGUCUUUCACAACCUACUCAAUUGGACGUUGUCGCUGGCGACUUUUCAUGCUCCGCCGAUACAGCAACUUCGUGAGAAAUCAGCCAGAUAA